GACAACGUCGAGGUGAAAACCGCAAAAGUCUAGUCAGUUCUUUUGCGAGUCGUUCUUUGGCCGGUGCUUCCUCGAGUUCGCGACUCUUGACUUGGCGGCGGUACGCACUUACACGAGCGGUGAUUUAAUUUUAUCGUUACGUUGAUAAGGAAUCUGCUUUUUUUGCUCUUGGUUUGGAUUGGCUUUAUUUGUGUUAUGUCUUGUUCAUAAGACCCGUGAAUUUUAACUUUAGAGAAGGAUAGAACAAAUAUGGUGCCAUAUCUACUGACAAUCGGUCUAUUUACGUUAUUGAAAUUCAGUGCUGCCAUUCAGGAUCAAGACUGGCAACCCCUAAUACACGGAGACUACUUCGGUGACGCAAUAGGUCACUACCAUGGAGGCGGAGGAGGAUAUGGAUUUCCAGAUCAUGGAUAUUCUUCUGAAGUUGAUGGUCCUGGCGACCAGUGCGCCCUCUAUAAAGUAGGAUUUACCCAAGACUUGUACUUCCAGUACAUCCGAUACAAAACCUCAUUACCAGAUUUGAAAGAAUUCACUCUGUGCUACUGGGCAAAGUUCACCAAUCACAGCAAUGACCACCCCAUCUUCAGUUAUGCAGUCGACGGUCAACCGAAGGCCAUCUACGCCUGGAUAUCGAACACCGAACGAUCCAGCUACUUCAGCCUGGCGCUGGACGGGCAGACGUUCUACCGGCUCAACUACCCCCUGCGCCUGAAUCGUUGGUAUCACACGUGCCAGAGCUGGAACGGAAAAACCGGAGAGUGGCAGAUAUGGGUCGAUGCGGAGAGGGUGGGACGCGGAUUCAAUAACAGGUUGGUAGGACAUAAGAUUCCAUCAGGAGGCAUCGCCAUCACUGGACAAGUCCAAAGCCAAUUAGGAGGUGGCUUCCAAGAAGGCAAAGAAGCUCCUAAAGGCUCUGGUGGAAUACUAGGGGAAAUCACCAUGGUUCAGCUAUACAACGUCGCUCUGACAGCUGGUAAAGCUCACAAGGACCACAAACACCACCACGCUCACCAGUACGAUCACGACGGAAACGCGAUCACUACUCCCGCCCCUACAACACCAAGCAACCGUCCUCAACUACCCACACAUCCCCUACUUACUGGAGGACAGCUUAAUAGAGGUACCAGGAUCAAUUUCGCGACUGGACAGCAACCUCAGAUCAUUCAAGGCCAGGAGUACAACGUGGGAUACGCUAACGGUCAACUUGUCGGAGGAGUCGUUACUCAACAGCUGACCAAGGCGCAGUUAGCACAGCUACAACAGCAAGGAAUCCAAAGAGUACCUGUAUUUCCUCAACAACAACAACAAUUCUUCUCUCCACCUCAAAGACUACCUCCCCAGCAACCCCAGCAACAAGCUUUAUUCCCUCAAGGUUUUGGCAAUUUUGGAACUGGAAGUGGAGCAAUAAACUUAGGCAAUGGAGGUGUGAUAAGCAGUAAUUCUGCAGGAGGAAACCCUGCAAAUGUACAAUUCGUUGAUAAUACUUACGGAGGACAUGUUUUGUUCAAAAGACAAAACGAUGAAGCCAGUGAAGCGGAAGUUAAGGAACCUCAAUUUGGAGACAGAAUAAUUAAGAAACGCGAAACAGAGAAAAGUACGACAACGAAUAAGCAGAAGAAACGAGAGCUGUUCGUUGGAGGCGGUACGAUUUUAGAUGAUCAAUUUUCUGGUCCCAGUGGAGUGGGUGGACAGGUAUAUCAACAAAGUCUUCUCUAUGGUUUGGCUGGUAUAGGUGAAAACAAGCCUAUUUUAAGACAGCAGAAGCAAAGUGAUGAACGAGAACCAGCCGAAGCUGAGGUAAAGGCAGUCAUGAACGUUUGCUCAGGUUGUGAUCCAGAACCCUUCGACAAAGCUCUGGUGUUUGGAUGGAGAACGGUACCUAAAAAAUUGUUUUCCGGUGCUUUUUACAGUCCGGCAGUACCUCGGUGUAAAGCUUUCUAACUUUAGAACGAGGUUUGAAUGAUUUAGGUCUUUUUGUACAUAUUUAAUAUAGACUUUUUAAGUUAUCGUCGUCAUUGCCAUCGCUAUGAAUAAGUCACCACACGUCCAUACCUUCAUCUAAUCGUACAAUUUAUAUUAUUUCUUGUUGUUGAUUGUUUUGUACCCUACCUAAUAGUAUUAUAAUUUAAUUUAAUGAAAAUGAUAUAAAUAAAAUAAUUUCGAAGAGUAAUUUAAUAGUUUUUAGUAGAUAUAACUAUAAAUUAACUACUAUAAAUACAGGGUAAGUUAAUAUUUAUAGUGGUGGUAUAUUU